AUGGCCACUCUUCCAACUUGGGGAGGACUGUUCAGGUCUGAGGUCCUGUCCAAAGAGCCCGUGGUUGUGGAGAUGGCCAAGAGGUAUAUGAAGACGUGUAUGACCAACUUGGUGAAGACUGGGUAUCCAUCCAGAAACGACCACCCCAGUUGCCUGUACUCCAGCGUGGACUUUGACAACGAUGAAGAUUUUCACGGAUUUUCUCUCAUUUUCCGAGCCCAGCAGAGCGACAUGCUGAGGCUGGCCUGUCGGAUCGCUCCUCUCGAAGCUUUCCGGAUCGCAGGGGAGUGGCUGCACUUCCUGAUCGCGAGUCCCAUCGACAUUGGAGAUGCGAGCACGACAUCCUCCGAGGGUACAUGCUCCAUCCUGUCCCCAUCAGCGAUCCAAUGGGAUGCAGAGACCGUCUUUAUGGAGAGCAUGAUCUCUCAAAUGUUCAAAUAUUUGGAGCCUGAGAGGCUUCCCGUAGAACAGGGCCUGGAGCUGCUUCAGACUCUGGUGAACUACGAGACCACAGACCCUCUGAUCCUGUCCUGUGUCCUGACCAACAUCUCAGGCCUGUUCCCUUUCAUCAAACACCAAACACAGCUGCUGCCGUCACUCCUCAAUAAGCUGUUUGGUUAUGUGACCUUCGAUACGUCCCCAGACAAAAGCGUGCCCCGGACCAGAGCUGUGAAGAACGCCCGCCGACACGCCUGCUGCUCCAUCAUCAAGAUCUGCAGAGACUAUCCAGGAAUUCUCUCGCCCUACAUGUUGUACAGCAAGAUGAAGGAGAUGUUUGCCGCAGACCCCACCAUCACCUUCAUGGAGAAGUGUGCUCUGAUGGAGGCUGUGGUGCUGCUCAGUAACCACCUGAAGGACUACGAAAAGCAGCAGGCCUUCCUGGAGGAGCUGAUGGCCUCGGUGGUGACCGACUGGACCUCAGAGGAGCUCGGCCAAGUGUUGUCAAACCCUGCCAUGUUCCUGUCCUUUGUUGGAGCAGACCAGGUCAUCACUGAGCACAACAAGGAGGCGGAGGCUCUGGGCUGCAACAGAGCUCGGCUCAAUUUCUGCCUGUACGUCUUGGCCAGCGUGUACAAGCGCGCCCAGAGGCCAGUGGACUUGGAAGAGGCCAAAGCCGGAGGUUUCGUGACGGGUUACACCCUCAAUGGUGACCCCAUAUUCAGAAACCCCUGCUCCUCCCUGUUCCUGCCUCUGCUGCCCAACAUAUUUGCACUAAUACGAACACAAAACGUGCUGUUCUCCCCAGAAUACAAGGCCCGUCUGAGUGAGACGUACUCGGAGGCGUUCGAGCUGAUGGAGAAGGAGAAGAAGGUCAUCCUCGGGAUUGUGCAGCCAGUGUUUGACAUUUAUGACUCUCCGGUGCUAAAAACCAACCUGGACCGAAUGCAAGGGUUCUUUUCCUCUGUGUACGACAACUGUUUUCACGCUUUGGCCAAUGCGGCGCAGACGAUGACACAGGAGUUUUACUCUGUGGAGGGACUGUGCCAGGAGAUCAAAACUUCUGUGUUCGGAUCUCUGGACCACGUGCCGGACCACCGACUGCGGCCCAUCAUCCGUGUCUUCAUGACAAAGCUGGUGCAGUCGUGUCCGCCGGAGCACUACGAGAGCCUGCUGUGCCCUCUGCUGGGGCCGCUGUUUACCUACAUGCUGGAGAGACUGAAUCAGAAGUGGCAGGUCAUCAACCAGAAAAGUUCCAAUGAGUGGACUGAAGACGACGGCACCUCGCCAUGGCGAUCCACGGACUCUGAGCUGUCUGAUGAAGAGGCGUCACAUCCUUGGAGAGUGGAGGUUUCUCUGUUCCAGAGCCACAACACCCGCAGCUCACAGACGACUCUGAGGGUCAUUCUUUUGCUCAAGCGCACUCAGACCCAGAGAGGCCAUCCUCAGAGACCUGCCAGAGUUCCCCUCAUGGGCGGAGUUUUGAGCCUCAGAGCCUCCUGUAUCCAGAGGGCAGAAGAGCCACAUAGCCCUAGCUCCCGCCGGCUGCAGCACCUGCCUUUCACCCCUGCACAUGUCAACACUCACUUCAAUGGCAUGCUCCAACACACACAUACCGACCUGACCAGACCCCAACCAGACCCCAGCGUGAGACCAGGCCCAGCGCUGUCUGGAGGCCCUCAGGAGCAGAUUGUGGACAACAGCCACUCCACUGGUGGUCCCCCAACAAUCUUCGCUCUGCUGCGCUCGGGAGCCAAGAGAGACAGGAGGAGGACCAGUUUUCUGCCACCACCUAUGGACUGUUCAAACUCUGUGGAGGGAGGUCAUGGCAAGCCAGGAAGGAGAGAGGAGUCACUAGUGCAUCCUGACAGUCCCAGUGCAGAUGAUGAAGGUUCACUUCGACAGUCCCAAGAGAAGGAGGAGUCACCACGACUGUCCCAAGAGAGGAGGAGGAGGCGGUCCAACACGACUGUUCCCAAGAGGAGGAGGAGGAGGCGGUCAACCACGACUGGCCAAGAGGAUAGAGAGGAGCGGUCACCACGACUGUCCUGGGGAGAGGAAGAGAGGUCACCCACGACAGUCCAAGAGAAGAGAGGUGGACUUUGA